AUGGCUCCCUCCAAGUCCACUCGUAUCAUGAUCCUGCUGGCUAUCGACACGUGCUUCUUCUUUUUGGAGCUGGUCGUCGGCUAUGCAGUGCACUCUCUGGCACUCGUUGCUGAUUCUUUCCACAUGCUUAACGAUGUCAUCUCACUUCUCGUUGGACUGUGGGCCGUCAAGGUCGCGAAUCAGCGGACAAACUCGAAGCAAUACACGUAUGGCUGGCAGCGCGCCGAGACUCUGGGAGCGCUCAUUAAUGGUGUCUUCCUGGUUGCGCUAUGUCUCUCCAUCUUCCUCGAAGCGAUUCAGCGCUUUGUCGAACCACAAGAGGUUUCGCACCCAAAGAUCAUCUUGAUUGUGGGUUCAUUCGGUUUGGCUUCCAACAUCGUCGGUCUAUUCCUCUUUCACGACCACGGACACGGACACUCCCACGGCGGACACUCCCACAGCCACGACGAGCACUCUCACGCCGAAGAGGGACACUCUCAUGACCACGGAAUCGACGCACACGACCACGCUGUGGCUGACGAGAGAGGAAACAUUGCCGAUGUUCUUCCGCAGAACCGCGUUGGCUUCCCCUCGAAUAUCACCCAGACCUCGCAAUCGGACAAGCGCCGCUCUUCUCUCUCCAAGAAGGCUAAGCGUCACUCUAGGUCACAGUCGCGCAACUACUCCACCAUCGAUGAGAUCUACGUCCACCCGUCGUCUUUCCGCAACAGCAUCAUUGAGUCCUCUAAGGCACACGAAAACGAUGAGGCGGAUGACGAGGAAGACAGCGACGAUGCGGCAACAGAUGCUCACCCAACCGAGCACUCUCCCCUGCUGGCCAAGUCUAACGGCCACCAUUCUCACGAGGCACACACUGGCGCACACAAGAAGGAUACCCACAAGGACCACAAGCACAAGCAGCCAAAGGACCAGAAGUCAGGCGGUGGUCACGGUCACUCCCAUGAUCUGAACAUGCGCGGCGUCUUCCUUCACGUCUUGGGUGAUGCUUUGGGCAACAUCGGUGUCAUCGGAACAGCACUGUUUAUCUGGCUUACGGACUUUUCUUGGAGGUUCUACGCCGACCCUGCUAUUUCACUGGUCAUCACAGUCAUUAUUCUCCUCUCUGCCAUCCCUCUUUGCAAGGCUGCGUCUCGCAUCCUGCUUCAAGCUGUCCCUGAGAAUCUCUCCGUUGACGACAUUGAAGAGGACAUCACUAGCCUCGAUGGUAUCGUCUCAUGCCAUCAUCUUCACGUGUGGCAACUCUCAGACACCAAGCUUGUUGCAUCGCUCCACGUUCAGGUCGACUUCGACUUCAAGGGCGAGGGUUCCGCACGCUACAUGGAGCUUGCGCGCCAGAUCCGCGAGUGCCUCCACGAAUACAGCAUCCACUCAUCUACCAUCCAGCCCGAAUUCUGCCUCAACGCCAGCCAUGACCACUCCGCUUCGCCUUCAGACGAGGACGAGGUGGCGACUAGGAGCAAGAAUCCAAGCGUCAAAGACGGGCCAGAUGCGUGCCUGCUGGAGUGCCCAGACAGCUGUGGCAAUGCGAAGCAGUGCUGUGAGCCAGGAACUCAGGGACCUGGCAAGGGCAGCAACGGUGGUUCAUCCUCAUAA